UUUAACAACUGCAAGUGUUUUGGGGAGUUGUAUCUAAUUUUUAAUUAAAGUUUAAGGAGGAUAUAAGUGUUUCAGUAAAAAUAAGUGUUUUAGGAUGCCUUUUAAGCGAACGCCAAUGCGCUAUGCGCACACGAACGGCCACACAAGUUGUACGUACACUGAAAAUGGAGAAACAAUAAUUACAUGCGGAUCCGAUGGAGACAUAAGAACAUGGCAAGGCAUCGACGAUGAUGAUCCAUCCUCCAAAUGUCUGGGAGAGUUCGUUCUAGCUGUCGUCCAAUAUGACAAAAGGAUGCUUGUUUCAACUGAUUUGAAUGUGGUUCAGGCUUACACGUUUCCGGAAGGUGACCGUGAUGGGACGGAGUUGAGAUUCACGGCUCCUGUUACAUGUAUUAGAGUCAAUGACAAAUACAUAGCUGCGGGAUCAGAAGAUACCGACAUAAAAAUUGUGCCAAAAGAUAAAAGUGAACAAGAAUCUUUGUUAUCCGGUCAUCAAGGACCAAUUCUUUCCAUCGACUUAAGUAUUAAAGGCUUGUUGGCAUCAAGUUCAGGCGACGGUACGAUCAAAAUAUGGGACAUUGCAGAGAGAAAAGAAAUAAAAACUAUUUCUGGCCUCCCAAAAGUGAAUACUUUCGACUCGGUCAAAUCAUUCGUUUCAGCAUGUUUCGAUCCGCCUACCGGUCGAAUGCUUGCCUAUGUCAAAGAUAAGGAGAUUAUCAUCCUAAAUACAAAUACAUGGGAAGUGAAAACCACAUUAUCCGACGAUAAUGUGGCAAGCACGUACAGUUGUUGCUCGUUUUCACAAUGUGGUCAGUUCAUAGCAGCCGGAACGGAAACUGGUGAGAUAUCCGUAUGGAAUGUGAGGAAGUCACAAACGGUAAAAGGUGAAUGUGCAAGCUCGGAAUCAAAUAGACUAACUGCCAUUGUUUGGAAUCCGAAAAGUAAUGGAGAAUUUGCAUAUUGCGAUUCAACUGGUCAGUUGGGAACAGUAGUUGGGUGUGAUGAUGCGGAAGACGAUGAAAAUGGUGAAGAUUUCCUUGUGGCAGAAGCAAUGGAGGAGGAUGGUGCUGAAUCUGAUUUGGAUGGACUUCAAUUUGAAGAUGAUAAUGGGGAGGACGAGGAUAAUGAGAACUGUGUAUCUUUGAAACGGAUAAAAAAUGAAACUUUGCGGAACAAAGGGUUGGAUGAUGACGAAGAGUCCAAAGAUUCAUUGAAGAGUGUCCGGUCGAGUCCAGAACGAGUGCCCAUGAAAACAUAUAACCAACAAGGAGCAUUUCAACCUGGUUCAACUCCGUCUGACUUGGAGCAUAGGUAUCUUGUUUGGAACAAUGUUGGCAUAGUCCGUGCUCACAACAAUGAUGCUGAAGGAACAAUUGAUGUGGAAUUUCACGACACAAGUGUUCACCAUGCUUUGCACAUGAACAAUUAUCAAAAUCACACCCUUGCCAGUCUAAGUUCUACAGUGUUGGCACUAUCAGCAGAAUCUUCCAGCAAAUUGGUUUGUAUAGUGUUGGGUGCAUCGAGUCGAGAAUGGUCUGUGGAUUUUCCGGAUUGUGAAAGUGCUGUUGCUCUUGUGGCGACAACUUCGUUGGUGGCAGUGGCAACAGAUUGUCGGUAUUUGAGAGUGUUCAGUGCUAUGGGCACCCAACGGCAGAUAAUAACUAUUCCUGGACCAGUUGUGGCAGUUUGUGGACACGGUGACAAAUUGUUUGUUGCCUAUCAUAGAGCCCCGGCCUCUGAGGAUCAACACAUAACAGCAAUGUUCAUUCAGUUUUUCGGUUUAAACGUUCGCUGCAAGGAAGCCCACAUUCCUCUUCCACAAGGAAAGAAACUCACAUGGAUUGGCUACUCAGAUCGAGGGUCCCCAGCCAUCUGCGACACGAUGGGGAUGGUGCAAAUGUUUAACAUGAAAAGCAACACGUGGCAACCGAUUUGUGACACAAUGAAGCACACUCAAAGUGUUUCAAAUAACUUCUUCAUAAUUGACAUCAUAGAAAGUUCACAAAUUCUGCAAGCAGUGCUUUGUCGUGGUGCCUCAUAUCCCAUGACAAAUCCUCGUCCAAUGGUUACUGAAUUGCCAAUGCAAAUACCAUUAUGUGAACUUGAUUCGGACAAAUCCCAAUUGGAGGAGACAUUGAUUCGAUAUUCCACUUUCAAUGUUGACAAUUCCGAGUUGGUUGUAAAGGAGACUGCUACCAAGCUGUUUGCUCAUGCUUGUCGAGCUGAAAUGGAAGCACGCGCCAAAGAGCUUAUUGAGAUGAUUGCCUCACCGCAACUUUUAUCGUUGGCUGUGAAGUAUGCCAGUAAAUUGGGACGAAUACAUUUAGUUGAUAAAUUGAGCGAACUAUUGCCGCAUAUUGAAGAGCAAGAAAAGACACGAGAGAAGGAAAUGCACGAGAAUGAAGUGGAGUUCAUGAAUGUUAUACAAAAUAGUCCGUUGAAUGCUGGAUUGUUGCUCAUGCAGAAGAAUAAAUCGACAGCUGGAGCACAGCCACAAAUUUCACCGAAACCGAUGGUAAUUAGUCAUCAACGACGAAAUCCCUUUAAAAGAAAUUCAGCUAGUGGUUCUUCAACUCCAGCCGCGAAAGUUUCAUCAAGCAAUCCACUAAGUCACUUGACGGAAAAAGCGAUUGGAUUUGAAAUUAAAAAAAGUUCACAGCAAAUCAAUAACGAAACACCAAGUACUCCUGCUGAGUUUGACGAUGGUGCUGGUCCAUCGGGACUAAGUAAUGGAAAAACUACUGCAACCGAACCAAAUAGCAUUGCGGAGACAAUGGAUCCGGGGGAAUCUCAAGAGAGUGAAGUUAUUCCGAGUUCAAUUAACAAUGAGAACAAAGCAAGGAAUGAGCAAAGUUCUACAACACCUGCAAAGGGCACAUUUAUGGCAUGGUUCACAGCUAAUAGAGAAAGUUUAAAGGCAGAACAUCCGGACGUGACACCACAAGAACUAACGAAAUUAGCUAUGAAGGAGUACAAGGCCAUUUCCAGUAAUAGUGCUGCUAGUAACAGUAUCACAAACGAUUCAAUUUCUGGUGCAGUGAAGCAAGUAAAUGGCAAACGAAAAUUAGAUGAAACGAACGGUGAGAAGCAGUCUGGCGUUUCUAAAUUGGCAAGAUAUGGUUUUAAGAAAUAGGAUGUGACGUUAAGUGUGUUUCCUUGUGACAUGGAGGACUGUAAAAUAUGUUGUAGUUUAAGAUACUUUUUUGUAAUAAAACUUAUAUUUAUUG